AUGUUGGGAUUCCUGAAGCAGCCUGUUGUGGUCACUGCAGAGAUCAAUGUGAAUCUGGUGGCUCUGACUGUGAUGGGAUUAGUAAACCGGCUCUGGGCACUCUCCUACCCGCGGGCUGUGGUUUUUGAUGAAGUUUACUAUGGCCAGUUUGUGUCUCUGUACAUGAAGCGGAUCUUUUUUGUGGAUGACAGUGGCCCGCCAUUUGGCCACAUGCUGCUAGCUUUUGGAGGUUACUUAGGAGGCUUUGAUGGAAACUUCUUGUGGAACAGAAUUGGGGCUGAGUACAAUAUGAAUGUGCCCAUUUGGUCCUUGCGACUGCUGCCAGCACUAACUGGUGCCCUGUGUGUACCUUUAGCGUACCAGAUUUUGGUAGAGCUGCACUUCUCCCAUUGUGCUGCGCUUGGAGCUGCCCUCCUGAUUCUCUUCGAGAACUCUCUGAUCACUCAAUCCAGGCUGAUGCUCUUGGAAUCAGUACUCAUCUUUUUUAUCCUGCUUGCAAUUUUGUCCUACCUGAAGUUCUACAAUUUACAGAAGUGCAGCCCCUUCACUGCAGGCUGGUGGUUUUGGCUUUUAUUGACUGGAGUUGCUUGUUCCUGUGCAGUUGGGGUAAAAUACAUGGGGCUUUUCACCUACAUGCUGCUCUUGGCCAUCGCUGGAGUCCACUCCUGGCACUUGAUAGGAGACCAGACCUUGUCAAAUGUUUCUGUGUUGUGCCAUUUGCUGGCGAGGGGACUAGCUCUAGUAGUCGUUCCAGUAGCAAUGUACCUGUCUUUCUUCUACGUUCACUUGACUUUGCUCUACCGCUCAGGACCUCAUGACCAGAUUAUGACCAGUGCUUUCCAGGCCAGCUUGGAGGGCGGGCUAGCUCGGAUCACACAGGGCCAGCCCCUUGAGGUAGCCUAUGGCUCCCAGAUUACCCUGCGGAAUGUUUUAGGCAAACCCAUGCCAUGCUGGCUCCAUUCUCACAAGAGCACUUAUCCCAUCAGGUACGAGAAUGGCCGAGGCAGCUCCCACCAACAGCAGGUGACUUGUUACCCCUUCAAGGAUGUCAAUAACUGGUGGAUUGUUAAGGAUCCUGGGAGGCAGCAGCUGGUGGUGAGUAACCCACCACGUCCCGUACGACAUGGGCAUAUUGUGCAACUGGUCCACGGCAUCACAACUCGUUACCUCAACACACAUGAUGUUGCUGCACCUCUGAGCCCACACUCCCAGGAAAUCUCCUGUUACAUUGAUUAUAACAUCUCCAUGCCAGCACAGAACCUCUGGAGAGUGGAAAUUGUAAAUCGGGAAUCGGACACAGACGUGUGGAAGACCAUUUUAUCUGAAGUAAGGUUUGUCCAUGUGAAUACCUCAGCAGUGCUGAAGCUCAGUGGUGCAUCUCUACCUGAGUGGGGCUACCGGCAGCUGGAGAUCAUUGGGGAGAAGUUGUCCAAAGGGUAUCACCAGAGCAUUCUGUGGAAUGUGGAGGAGCACAGAUACGGGAAAAGCCAAGAGCAGAAGGAGCGGGAAGUGGAGCUGCACUCACCCACGCAGGCUGACAUCAGCAAAAACCUCAGUUUCAUGGCCAGAUUCACAGAACUGCAGUGGAAGAUACUAACAUUGAAAAAUGAAGACACAGAACAUAAGUACAGCUCUUCCCCCCUAGACUGGAUCACUAUGGAUACAAACAUCGCUUACUGGUUCCACCCUAUCUCUGGUGCUCAGAUCCACCUCAUUGGGAACGUUCUCACCUGGGCUUCAGCUAAUGUUGCAACCCUUGUAUACGUGUGUCUGUUCCUGUGGUAUUUGCUUCGACGACGGAGGAAGAUUUGUGACAUCCCUGAAGAUGCAUGGAGGCUCUGGGUAUCAGCUGGAGGACUCUGCGUGGGAGGCUGGGCUGUGAAUUACCUCCCCUUUUUCAUGAUGGAGAAGACUCUUUUCCUGUACCACUACCUGCCUGCUCUCACUUUCCAAAUUCUCCUGAUUCCUGUUGUACUGCAGCAUCUGACUGAUCACCUCUGCAGAUCCCAACUCCCUAAGAACGCGUUCAGUGCCUUGAUGGUAGCCUGGUUCUCCUCCAUUUACCUGGUCUAUCGCACAUUCAGCCCACUGACAUAUGGGGAGCCUACCCUCUCAGCAGCUGAGCUCAGGGCCCUGCGCUGGAAGGACAGCUGGGACAUCUUGAUCCGCAAACACUAGUGGAGCCAGUCAAGAUAGAACUGAUCAUGCUUACAAGUAACUCUGCUCUCAUUUCUUAAUAGGGGCUCAGGGUAAAAAAGCCUUGUAAUUUACAUUGGUAAGAAAUGCAUCCCCAUGGGGCAGAUGAUGUAAUGGGAAGACUCAGUUUCUGUUCUGCUCUAUAGUCUGAGUUAGUCUCAUUGCAAAUCUACAGUAUUAUGUCUCAAACUACCCUUGAUAUUUAGUGUCGAACAGAUGCCUAGAGUGUUUACUGUAGUGCUUCCUCAUGGUCUAAUCACCAGCCUGUUGUUCAAGGCUGCCACCUUUUGGAGGGACGAGACUCAUACUUGACUAGAUGCAUUCAGAGGAGACCCUAGUGACACUUCACUGAAGCUUUAACUAACUUGACCUCAACACAGUAGAGCUCACUAGUGCCCAAGGCCAGAUGGCUGAGGGGAGAUUGAAAGCACUACACAGGGAUUUCAUUCCUGCUCCCCUUGCUCUUUAGACACCCCUUUGGGGCUCUUCUUUAAAGCUCCUAGUGAGAAUGUUCCUUUGGGUAUGUCUCUGCUGGUGGGGGGAGGGGUGUGAAAAUACUUUUAUAUAAAAUGGUUACAUCCAUGUGGCUGUUGUUUCUUCAUUGGUUUAUUAGUCAAAGCAGCACAACCACUCGAGCCAGGCUUUGCUUUUAUAAGAGAUUUAAAAAGUUCAUCUUCAACAAUAACCAAUUCUUCCUGCUAGGCUUAAGCCUGCAUUUACAGACUAUACAUGAGAGACAGGAGGUACCAAUUGGUGUUUGUUUUAAAAUGUCACUAGUGGACUGAGAGAGGGAGCACUAAGCUAGAGCCUGGGAUUUCACAUUAAGUUUGCGGCUUUUCUUCUGCUCAUUGGAGGAUGUGUCACAGCACUCUGAGCUUUAACGCUGCUUUGGGGAAGGAAUGAGAACUAUAAACCAUGUCUGCAAAUGAAUUCGGCCCAGCAGACUCUGCACCCAAGGUCAGCCUUCCUGACAUGGGGCACAAAAACUGAAGCCUAUGCUACAUAGAGUGUAGUUAGGCUCAGCAACUAGUGACAAAACACCUCAACUAGAAGGCGGAGCCCCACUGCUCCUUUGUCUGACUGUAAGUUGCCUGUUGCCCAAGAGAAGCCUAAUUUUCCUCAGCCCUGAGUAAGAUAGACUUCUCAUUAUUGGCACAACUGCAGAGGUCAGUCCUUUUCCCCACACAGAAGGGUGAACUGUGGCCCUUCUGUCCAUGGCAAUGCCAGAUCUGUGGAGAAGGGAAAUCUCAGGGGGCAGCUGGGGGGGACCUGUACCUGCUUGUUUAAAAACAAGGCUCUUUGCUGCAUCUCACUUGGAGCAGAGCUGUUUUCCUGGCAGCCAACCUUGCUGCUAAGGAAAAGCACCUUGAGGGGAGAUUAUUAAUCUUGUAUCCCACUGGGUUUAAUUCCUAGGGGGAUUUUAGCACACAAUGCCAUCUAACACCAGGUCCUGGGUCAAUAAUCCAGCUCCUUCCGUGGGAAGACACACACACAACCCUCUUGAAUCUGCCCCUAAGUUGCUAUGGGCACGUCACAAACCAGUUUGUUAAAAAGGUUGGUCUGGAACAGAGGCAACUUCUUCAGACCCCCACC